UGUCCCCAUUGGCCGGCGCGGCGCCCUUGGCCGUCUGCACGUCUUGAAAAACGAAAACCCGUUGCAUCCGCUUGGCCAUUUCGCAGCAAGCAACAGAGGAAUCCGCCAGCCAACGAGCGAGCGAGCGAGCGAGCCAGUCUGCACUCCCCAUCUCUUGCCCACUGCCGAAUCUGCUGCCCACCAUGUCCGAGAUGAAGCCCAUCCAAAUCUCCCCUAUGCCGAUCGUCGAUCCGGAGCUGACUGCCCACGACCGACCGGCUCUGAAAAAGGCCAGCGACGCUUUCUACAAGGAGCAGCUCAUCCGCCUCGAAGAGAUUGGCGUCCUCCGAGACAAGCUGCGAUGGUGCUAUCACCGCGAGGGUGUCAAUCACUACAAGAACUGUCGGGAGCUUGCCCAGCAGUACAUUGACAUGAUGAGCGGACUGAAGGACGGAUUCGUCGUUCCCUUCCCCAAGGCCUUGAAGGACGCCCAGAAGUCGCAGUAGAUGCUCAGCUCCCUCCCUCCCCCCCCCUGUUUGAUUUCCAGCACCCAUAACUCUUCCUAGCCUUCUCUUUACCCCCACAAUCAUCCAGCGUGUUGAUCGAAGACGGAUGGGCCGCCCCAGAACAUCACCGUCAUAGCGAAUGAAAGAGAUGCUUCGCCAUUCUAUCCGCCAGUGCCGCCCACCAUCAGCGGGAAUCCUUCCUUUGUGUGAGCAGCUGGCCCUUGAAUACAGCCCGUCGGUUUCCGUCGACACUGAUUUGAUCCGAGGACCUGCCUCGGCCAU